CGGAAGUAAGGCGGUACGAUUUGAUUUGUUUACAGGCUUGUAUACAGUGUUGUUUUCAGAAGGCUGUUUGAGGUUGUUUCUGCUAUCUUUUUUGUGAUAUGCCGAAGAGAAGAGAACAAACAACUGAACCGGAUGAAUUUCAAGCAACAUCCCAUUCACACAAGAAACACAAAAAAGAUAAGCAUAAACACAAGAAAAAAAAGAAGAAAGACCAUCGUUAUGAUCAUCCUCAUUAUGAACUGAGCACAAGUCAGGCAUCUGACACUGCUGGUGCAAGUGAUAGUGCUGGAAAACCACUGUUGAAACUCAAGAUUAAAAUUGGAGGCAAAACAUUUGGAACCAAAAAAGUUGACAGAAUUACUAUUCGAGCCAUCCAGUGAAGAAGAUGACACAUUUAAACCAUUUAAAUAUGAUAGUACUGUAGAUUCAGUACCAGCCCCAGUAGUAGAAACCAAAGUAGAGAAGCCACCAAGAAAGCAUGGAGAAGACAGUGACGAUGAAAUGUGGUUAAAAAAAUUAGAAUCCGGUGAACUGGAUGACAAAGAUGAUUGGAGGAAAAAAGAUCCUUCUUUACUGACUGCCAGACAGAGAGCUAUGCUGCAUGGUCCUAAUCUGGACGAGGAGGAAAAAUUAGUCCAGCUUCCAUCAGGGUAUAAAACUCAGGAGAUGACGGAAGAAAUGAUUCAAAGAAAGGCUCAAAAGGCCAAGAAAAGAAGACAACAAGCCCAGAAAAAAAUUGAAGAAAACAAGAAACAAACAAUUGAUAGGCUAUUGAAGAAGCAGGAAACAAAACAAAAAGGAACUCGGGGUCGGCCUCGGAGGAAACCAGACAUUCCGAAAAUCACCUACGUCAAUAAGCUACACAGCGUGUCUAUAUCAUUGCCAGCCGGAGUAGAUUUCCCACUUAAAAGACAGACCUUGGUUGAAGGAUGUUUUGUCAAUCCAAAUCCAAGAGUUAUGGGGAAACCAGGAUUGUCAUUGUAUAUUACAGCAUAUGACACGAUGGGAGUGUGUACAAAUUCUCAACAGUCGCUGGCUUGUCAGCUGUUGUAUAUAUCUGGUAGCGUUGCUUAUGUGUGGGCUUUUAAUACAAAGACAAAGUUCAGCACCAUCAAUGUAGUGAAACCCAUUGACGGUGCUGAACGCGAUGAUGCAUGA